AUAAUACGAUACAUUGUAUAUAAUAUUAUUAUAUAACAUAUUUGUCUGCUAAUACUAAUUAAAAAAUUGACACAUAACUCAAUUGAAUAAUUAAUUUUCGUUUAAUUCAAUUUUUUGUGUUUUAAUACAACUUUACGUCACGGUCUGAGCGAAAUGAAUCGGUAACAAAAAUAUUCCGCAGCUUUUAUAAAUAUAAAAUUAAUUAUUCAUUUAGCAAUUUGAAAAACAAAUUAUUUUGUUCGAUUACAAUUCCAAUUUUUUCCAGAUCAUAAAUUUUCAGUUGGAAGUUGAAAAAAAAUCAUCCAAAAUCUAGUUUUUUUAUUAAAAAACUGUAAAUUGUAACUAUGGAAGCCAUGAUCGUCCAAAGUAAUUAUUCAUGCACAACCGAUAACUUGAAUCGAUUUCUGUUUGAACUGGAUCAAGUGACAACACAAGUAAUAUGCGCAUCAACAUUUAUAUACAGUAGGGGCAUGCCUCCACGAGUUUCGUUGGUAAUCUACCGGUUUUGUGGUCAACCUACAGGCUUUGAGUACGUUCCAUUGUAUUACUGGCUUAAUACGAGUCCUCGGGCCUGUCUCAGGUAGGGAAGUACCGUUGGCUGGACUACGUUGAACGCCAGUCAGGUAAUAGCGUCAGCAGCGUCAGGUGCAUGAACUCUCGCUGCUGUGGAAUAUUAUCAAAACGCACUUCCAUCUGUAUCAACAAUUAUCGUGAAAUCAAGGGCAGGAUUAAUUAUUUCUAAGAAUAAUAAAAUGCGCCUUCUCAACAGUGUGGUAGUUCUCACAGUUUUGGCUGUUGUUUCCUGCGAAAAGGAUGAGGAUGUCGACAUUUCCAGUGUUUUCAUGGAGGCAGCGAAUAGCUUCUUCUCGGACGAGUCGGGGGCGAAUAAAUUCGCUGACGGCGAUGACGAAAGAAGGGGUGGUGCGGGCAGUGGUCUGGGUCAGAUGCUGUCCGGUCUUGGGAAUUUAAUGGCGAGUGCUUCCGGGGGUCAGAAUAAGCCCAACGAUCAAGGGGGAAUGGACUUGUCCAUGCUGGGACCCCUCCUGCAAAUGGUUGCAACAGCCUCCGGUGGUAAUCAGAAAGCCAAUCCCGAAGUUGAGCCGAAAGCUCAAAGCUCCGGUUUUGAUUUCGAGAGCAUUCUCAACGUCGCCAAUAUGUUCAUGGGUAGCAGCAAUAAUAAUGCGGGGGGUCUGAUGGGUCUGCUGCCCAUGAUUUUGGAUAAUUUCAAUGGAGGAGGCUCCCAGGGCGGCCGAAGUCAUGAUCAUUCUGGCCAUUCGUGGUAUAUGCCACCGAUCUUGGAAAAUAUCCACGUGGCGUGGGAUCACUUCAUUAAUUCGGAACUUGGACAAGCCCUCUGGAAGAACAGUGGCUUAGCGAACAUCGUAGGCUCGAUGACUAACGAGAAUGGUCAGAUCAAGUACGGAGAGAUCCUGGAGAGCUUUGAAAACCCCAGUAUUCGACGGAGAUGGCUCAGGUCGUUGACAAAUUUCGUGGCUGAGUGGAUCUCACACAUUUCGGACCCGACUAUUCAACAGCGAUAUCUCACCACUGCCCAGUUCGUCGGUAACAGCUUCUUAAAGUCUCAGGGAUUUCCUAAGUCCGUUCUGUUUGAUCCUGCACGGCCAUCGGAAAGCUUAACGAGGUUGGUAAAUGCCGGAGCGACAAAGUAUCUCAACAUGAACCUCGACAGUGCUAAGUACAUAAAGCCAGCGAUGGCAUAUCUCCAGGACCUCAUCCGAUUAGCAUCUGAGAAAGGAUUUAUCAUGUCGCGAGUGAAUGCUAAUGAGCUCAGUAAUCGCCUCAGUGAGACUAUAAACAACGAUUUAAUAGCCCCAUUUCUGAAGACCUAUCGAGCUUACAAAUGGGCGUUAAAAUCCCCCCAAUGUGCGACUCACAUCUUCUGCGUGAUCAACCAGAACACGAAUGAGGACAGUCAGGAGGCUGCCUUCAGGAGUGCUCUCAUUAAGCUCAGCAGUUAUCCAGCGGCCUGGACAUUGAGUACCAGAACGUCAAUUAAUUUUUGGACACUUUACGGCGCUAUCCAGGAGGGGGAACAGUGUUUUGAGAAAUUCCCCGUUGACUGCAAUGAUUUCCACGAAGAGGAGAUUCGUGUGACAACGGAAGCCAUUCACAACGAGUUAUAAAGGCCAGAAGUUGUGAAAAUCCACCAGAAACUCUCAAAUUGAACCGCAGUAAUUUUGGCAAAGGUGUCCGGAUGGUUUGAAAACGAUGUCAACCAUAUUGUGUACAUCCGUAUGUUAGAUAUUAAGAAAAAAAUCAGUAUCAGUGCUGAUAAAUAAUUGGAGAAUGUUUGAUGAUUUGUUGGUAAUUUAAUGGGUGAAAAUAUUACACUUCAUGUCACAUUUUGGCUCAGAAUAUUCACCGCUGGUCCAUCAUCUCAGCAGCGAAGUAGUAAAAUGAGACGAGUCGAUUGAUUUCUGAGUUGGGCUUUUGAGUGAUAUUCGUCAAAUGUCUCAAUUUUGGUGCAAUAAUGAUUCAGUACGAUGUGGUUUAUGUCAUUAUUAAGAGGCAUUACUGAUUCAUCCCCAAUAUAUUUACAUUAUUUCAUAAUUGUCUUGUAAAUAUUAGAUAGAAUUCGAAAUGGAGUAUCGUGUAAAAUGUACAAAAUUAUCCAGAUGUUCUAUAUCCGUUAUCUCAAUCCUUAGUUGAAAUCAGCUCUGCGUAUCGAUUGUAUUACUUUUUUUUAAUGUUCUUGCAGGCCCAUUCGAGUCCCUCCUACAAUGAUCGUUUGGUAUUUAAAAUUUUAGUCAUUAAUAAACGAUUUUUCAAAUCCA